CUAGCUGUUUGCCAACUGUUAACACUUGGUCAGCCGGGCAUUGAAGUAUAAAUUUAUUUCGUGGGUUCUGUGGAAAAGUGACAGUUGUAGUUGCACGAAAUGUCCGCAGCGCUGUCAUCGCUGCUUCCCCCAACAACAACAACAGAAUUUUAUCAUUUAAUUCCACCGCAAAUACCUUUUUUUUUAAGUUCAUUUUCUUCCACAUAAAAUCUUUUUCUCAGGACAAAUUCUUUUUUUUUUUCUUCAAAAUUUUUCAUUAAUCCCUUUUUUAGUUUUUCUGUUUUUUUUUCCCUUAAAUUAUUUUUGUGUCGAAUUAUUUGAAUUUGUGCUCUCUGUCUCUCUCUCUCACUCUGUGGUCAAUGUGUGCUGUGUUAAUCCCUUAGGGUGGGUCCCAAAUUGUGCAAAAAAAAAACAAGGCAAAUAUCAAGAGAGCGCCCUCUGGAGGGGGGCAUGGAUAAAAUAGUAGAAUGGCAGAGGCACAAGAUGUUGUCCUCCUAGCGGCCUUCCAAGUGGACAGGAAGCGUGUCAGGGCUAUUUUGCAUGGUGGACAUGUAGCAUGGGAACCGUGUAAGGCAGGACGACAGAAUCGGAGGCAUCAGGUACCUCUGACGGAUGUUGUCAAUGUUACAGUAAAUAGCGCAACCUUGACACUUCAUUAUGGCACAAGAGGGCGUUCGGAUCAUCAGUGGCGCCUACAGCGGACAUCUUUUGUAGCAACAGAUGUGGCAGUUGUGGAUUUAUGGAGAACAGAAAUUCAACGACAAAUUAAAUUGCAGGAUUAUCGACCGAAAUAUCUUCUAAUCUUCGUUAAUCCAUUCGGUGGACGACGAACAGCUGGGAGGAUAUUCGAGAGACGUGUUAAGCCACUUCUGGAAUUGGCGGAAAUUAGAUACGAAUUAAUUGUAACAGAACGCCCUCAGCAUAUCAGUGACACAAUUGAGAACCAUGACUUGGAGCCGUACGAUGGCGCUGCAUGCGUCGGUGGCGAUGGCACCUUCGCUGAACUAUUCAAUGGACUCGUGGCCAGAGAAUGUCGCCACAAGGACAUUCCAAUGUCAAAUGGUGAUCUACCACGACCACAACUCCCUCUGGCUGUCAUUCCUGGCGGUAGCACAAAUACCGUUGCUUUUUGUCUCCAUGGCACUGAUGACGUCACCACCUGUGCCAUCCACAUGAUCCUAGGCCUUCGAACGGGUUUCGAUUUGUGCAGUGUUCGAAGUGGUGAUGGCCAGGUGCGACUGUACGCCAGUGUUCUGUCUUAUGGCUAUUUGGGUGAUAUUGCACGCGAAAGUGAACAAUUGCGCUGGAUGGGACCCAGACGCUAUGACUAUUCGGGUGUUAGGAAAUUUUUGCGCAAUAGAGGCUACAGGGGUGAGGUAUCGGUACUACUUGAUACAACAGAUCCAACAGCAACAUCACCAAAAUGCUUAGAGCACUGUGACAGAUGUUCAGCUCCCGAUGAUACCAAUGACACCACCGAAACACCCUGGCAGGUGAUCCGUGGAAAGUUCCUAAUGGUCAAUGGUGCCAAUAUAUCGUGUGCAUGCCGUCGUAGUCCAGCUGGAAUGUCACCUGGCUGUCAUCUUGGUGAUGGCUGUGUUGAUGUCAUUGUCGUCCAUCAUACACAUUUGCUCAAUAAUCUUCGUUUGCUGCUCAAAUUGUCAUCACGAAGUGGUUCAGUGGCUGAAUUGCCAUUCGUAAGGGUCCUACGUGCCCGUAGUUUUCAUUUUCGUCCAGCUGACACAUCAGCAGAUGCCCCACCAACCGGCUCAACACAACCAAUUGCAUGUGACAAUGGUCGUAGGAGUGUAUGGAAUUGCGAUGGAGAAGUUCUACUGGAAGGUGAUACGACAGUUCGGGUACAUCGGAAACUUCUAACAGUAUUCCGACGACCACUGGCUGACACUAACACUCAAGGCUGUGCCCUCUGCAAUAACUAAAACAAACAAACAAACUAAAAAAAGAACCUAAAAACUAAAAAAAAAAAAAAUACCAUCCGAGCAUUCCGGCAACGCAUUCCGAUGUUCCUCUCUUUUAUUUACUUUUAUUUUUAAUCUUUAUUUUUUUUUUAAUUUUUAUUUUUCUUUUGAAAUUUGAAUAUUUUUUACUACAAGUAUUAUUAGGGGCGAGGAGAGGAUAUGAAAUUGUAAAAAAAAAUAAAAUAAAUAAAUUUAACCCUUCUCUCCCUUAACUACGUUAGCUUUUUUUGGUCCAAACAACGAGACAUUAAACAAAUGGUGAUGCUCAAAGGUAUUCCCUUGAUUUUGGAAAUGGUUUUUUUUUUUUAUUUCUUUUUAUUUUUUAAAUAAUAAUAAUCUUUGUUGGGGAUUGUUUUUUUUUUUGUUUUUUCGGGAUUUAAUAUAAAUGAAGUAUUAGGUUUCAUAUACGUUAUAUACAAGAGAUAGAGAAAAAAAAUAUGAAGAAACAAGAGACGAUGUUUAAAUAAUUAUUGAGAUUAAUUGAAAUAAAUGGAAAUAUUUAUGUGGCGGUUAA